UUCUCUAAUCUCUGCGUACUAUUGUAGUUGGUGAUUUCGUGGUCAUGUCUUUCUAAUUUUUAUGAUAUUAUGUCCGAUUUUUCGCUGUGAUAAAUCUAAGUGAAGUGAUUCGGCAUGUUUCGAGGCAGCAAAUUGAUCGCUCUCUCCCUGGGGCUGCUGAUAUUCGCCCUAGCCGGAGCCCGAGCAGAAGAUGAAAUCAUUGAGGAGAAAACAAUCGAUAUUGAUCUAGGUGCAAGCAGGGAAGGAUCAAGAACUGAUGCUGAAGUCGUUCAAAGGGAAGAAGAAAGAAUUCUGAUUGAUGGCUUGAAUGUUGCGCAACUGCGAGAGUUGAAGGAGAAAGCAGAAAAGCAAACUUUCCAAGCUGAAGUCAAUCGAAUGAUGAAAUUGAUCAUCAACUCUUUGUACAGGAACAAAGAAAUCUUCUUGAGGGAGUUGAUAUCUAAUGCAUCCGAUGCGCUAGAUAAAAUUCGACUUCUGUCUCUCACAGAUCCAGGUGUUUUAGACACAAACUCAGAGCUUGCGAUCCGGAUAAAGGCUGACAAGGAUAACAAAGUCCUCCACAUAACAGAUACUGGUAUUGGAAUGACCAAAGGAGAUUUGGUGAAGAAUCUAGGAACGAUCGCAAAAUCUGGAACUGCUGAGUUCUUGAGUCAGAUGAAUGAAAAAUCGGAAGUGAAACAAGAUUUGAAUGACAUGAUUGGACAGUUUGGUGUUGGAUUCUACUCCGCAUUUUUGGUCGCCGAUAAAGUUUUCGUGACCACGAAACACAAUGAAGAUCAGCAGUAUAUUUGGGAAUCAGACGCAUCCAGUUUCACGAUUGCUGAAGAUCCUCGAGGUACCACUCUCAAGCGAGGAACAACCAUCAGUUUGCAACUGAAAGAUGAGGCUGCUGAUUUUGUUGAAAUUGACACCCUAAAGAACCUUAUCAGGAAAUAUUCUCAAUUCAUCAACUUCCCAAUCUAUAUUUGGUCUAGCAAGACUGUAACUGAAGAGGUACCUGUAGAUGAAGAAAAAUCAGAGGACUCCAAGGAUGAAACUCCAACUGAGAAAGCAGAGGAAGAUGUGGAAGUCGAAGAAUCCAAAGAUGAAGAACCAAAAACCAAAAAGGUUGAAAAGACCGUAUGGGACUGGGAGCUCCUGAACGACCACAAACCAAUUUGGACAAGAAAGCCAAAUGAAAUUGAAGAUGCUGAGUACAAUGAAUUUUACAAGUCCAUGACCAAGGACAAGAACGACCCUCUGGCAAAAACUCAUUUCGUCGCGGAAGGAGAAGUUACAUUCAAGUCCUUGCUGUUUGUUCCCAAUGCGCAGCCAGCUGACAGUUUUAACAAGUACGGCACUGUCUCAGACAAUAUCAAGUUGUAUGUGCGACGAGUAUUCAUCACUGAUGAGUUUACGGACCUCUUGCCACGCUACCUGAACUUUUUGCGAGGAGUUGUUGAUUCAGAUGAUCUACCCUUGAAUGUUUCGAGAGAGACUCUUCAGCAACACAAGCUCUUGAAGGUCAUCCGAAAGAAGCUGGUCAGGAAAGCCUUGGAUAUGAUCAAGAAAUUGGAUCCUGAAACUUACAAGAAAUUCUACCAGGAGUACUCAACAAAUGUAAAAUUAGGAAUUGUUGAAGACCCAGCCAACAGAGUGAGGCUUGCCAAGUUGCUGCGUUUCUACUCCUCCAACCAGUCUGGGCUCACAUCCCUUGCAGAUUAUGUCACAAGGAUGAAGCCAAAGCAAGAUCACAUCUACUUCAUCGCUGGAACCUCUCGAGAUGAGGUUGAAAAAUCACCUUUCGUUGAAAGGUUGAUUUCCAAGGGGUAUGAAGUGUUGUACCUGAUUGAAGCCAUUGAUGAAUAUGCUGUCUCUUCCCUUCCUGAAUUUGAAGGCAAGAAAUUCCAGAAUGUUGCAAAGGAAGGAUUAACGCUUGACAACCCUGAAAAGCUGAAAGAAGUCUCCGAGCAGUUUGAACCUUUGACCAAAUGGCUGUCAGAGAACGCAUUGAAAGGAAAGAUUUCAAAAGCAGUAUUAUCGGAACGUCUUGUUGACACUCCCUGCGCUCUUGUCGCUGGCAUGUUUGGUUGGACUGGUAACAUGGAGCGAUUGGCACUUUCCAACGCUCACCAGAAGUCAGACGACCCUCAGAGGGAGCACUACAUGAAGCAGAGGAAGACUCUAGAGGUCAAUCACAAGCAUCCUCUUGUUAGAGAGCUAUUGAAGCGUGUCAAAGAUGACCCAGAAGAUGAGAAAGCCAAAGACAUUGCCUUAAUGAUGUUCAGAACCGCCACUCUCAGAUCUGGAUUCAUGCUUCAAGACUCCGCAGAAUUUGCUCAAAGUGUGGAGCUUCUCAUGAGGCAGUCUCUCGGAAUCUCACCUGAUGAAAAAGUUCUUGAGGACGAAGAUGAUGAGGAAACCAAAAAUGAGGAUGGUAGCAAAUCAGAAGAUGGCUCCGAAGAUCAAGAUGAAGCAGAUUCAACAGACGAUCAUGAACACGAAGAACUGUAAGACUGCAUUCAAGUAACUACAAUGCAUUUAGCCAAAACAUUAUUUUUUUAUGGUUUUUUUUUUUUCUUUCUGAUUUCGCCACACCGUCAUUUUUUAAUCUUUAUGUAUAAAGAUCCCGUGUGUUUGUAGAAUGAGCCAGUGGUAUUAUUAUGCACUUUACCUCUUAACUUUGUCUUUAUGAUACUUCAAUUCAGCAGUGUGUUCAAGUACUUGUAAGGAUUUGACUUUUAUCUUGUCCACCGAAGUAAAGUGACUAAAAUCAAGUAGUGAAUGUUGUAUGAAAGAAUGUUUUUCACUACUUUAAAACUGUGCAAUUCCUUUUACUUAUCGAUCUCGUUUACUUUUGUUUGUACUCUAAUUCAACUGCUUUAAUGUACAUGCCAAAAUAUUGGUAUGGAAUUUAUCGGUCAAUCCUUGCAUGAUGCUCCCCAAGAUUUCAAAAUCUAUUCCUAAGAAUAUUUUUGUAUUUUGUUAUUCCUCUUGCACCCUCAUAUGCCUCUGCUGAGUGAAAUUGUCUAUUUUCGUAGAUUUGUCAGAACUUUUCCACCAGGCACUUCUAAUCAUUUGAGGCAAGAUUAGUUUUAAUACGUAUUCGCAGCUUGAAAAUUGCCAGAAUAGUUUGCUUCCGAUAUGAGUCAUGAGUACCGAUCAAUGUCCUUUCACCAGCAAUUUUCCAUUUUAAAAUGCACUUUCACAUUUACAUCUUUGUUUGCUGAAAACAAGAAUUAUUUCUUAUUGUUUUUAAUGCUCAUCAAUAUAAUAAAAAAGACUCUUAAACAAAAGCAGGCUGAUGAAGUAACUCUAAUUUUCUAAUCUAGCUUAAUAAAAGAUUCAAUCUUUAAUAUUGUUUUCAACCGAUUGAUAGGCUACAUCGUGUUUUAAGUGUGUGUUUGUGUACAUAGAUUGUAUAUUUUAUCAUGAUUUAUCUGUAAGAUAUAGCAUUAAGUCAAAUGUGAUUUAUCUGAUAGCUUUUUUGUUAACUCUUGUUCACCAUGUAAUGUCAGCAAGAACUUAAUCUGAUUGAUGAACUCUUAUUUUUUCAAAUCAUAAAAUGUUUGAUUGUAUUAAAAUAUUUCACAUCAAAUUUUUUGAUGAAUUUGCACUCGUAAAAUCACCUUACACUGGCUUUCUACGGAUUUUAUGGAAAUUAAUGAAGUGAAACUAUCGAUUAUAAUAACCCUGAAAGUAAGUCUUGAGCAGAUUCCAUGUAUGUACCUUACAGGGUUAUCAGUUUUAUCUCAGAUCUCGUUCUACUCUAAUUUACUCUUUUGAAAAGGAAAUCUUGUCUUCAAUUUCUAGAAGAAGUGUGUCGUAAAUUCAUUGUACUUUUGUUGAAACUGUUUGUAAAAAUAGCAAAUAGUCUUUUUUUACUAAUAAAACUCAAAAAAGCGAGUA